AUGGAAUGUAAACAGCAGACAGCAACGGCUGUUGCUGCUGUCCGGCAAUCUGCACUUGCUGGUCUUCUUUUUUCUAUUGUGAUGGUUUUACUUAUCGUUGAUGGUACAUUAGCUAGUACUGAAGCAGAGAUUAUUUCAACACAAGAUGAAAUUAUAACUUAUAUUAAUCAUACAGCUAAAUUAUCAUGUAUUAUACAAAAUAAAAAUCGACAUCAUAUCACAUGGUCUCGUAUUACAUUUAUAAAUGAAACACAAAAAAUAACAAAUCUUUUAUUUGUUGAUCUAUUAAAAUAUACUCCAUCUAGUCAAUAUCAUUUAACACACAUGAUUGAACGAGAUAAUCGUGAAUAUUGGAAUCUUGAAAUACGUAAUGUUCAUUUAUCUGAUCAAGGUUAUUAUAGUUGUGUAUUAACAGCAAUUAAGCCAAUAUCAAAAAUAUUCCAUGUCAAGGUUCUCGAAAAUACACGCAAUCCUUUACUUGCAUUACGUUCAACAUCAGAUGCAUAUACAAAUAAUUUACAACGACGAUCAAAAGAAGAAAUUUUCUCAUCACUAUCAUUAUUUUCAUCAUCGAUAUUAACAAUUUUUUUAAUGAACAUUAUAUUAAUCAUAAUUUGA